UGAUCAGAAUGUUGGCGAUACCAUGAUUGAAUUCCUCGCGAAUCUCGGCAGUGAAAAGCAGGAAAGAGAAAAAGCGAUAAGGACAAGGAAGAGAUUGUAUUGCUCGUGACAGUAAACGGCAGAACAGGUGCCGUGCUGGUCACAACUCACCAUGACGAAAGGCCCCCAUUAGUCAUUGUUUGUUCCCGGACUGACUCGUACCAGACGUUGACGUUGCUUCUGCGAAUCGCUACUAAAGAUCGACGAUCUCUUCUUUUCCAUCCCAGGAAAAACAAUGAAGCCUAUGCAGAGUUCAGGUAUAUAUAAGCCGGAAGGACUCAGCUCAUAUGAUCCUUCACUCGCACUACACAACCCUACUCUGUAGUUGCUUGCCCUCUCCUAGCAGUAGACCAUGUUGACACUCACCAACGUCACUUGGCUCGACAUACUACUAUGCCUUACUUGUGCUGGAGCGUAUUUGCUAAAGUGGGGUUUUAACAAGAAGCUCCCUGCACCAUAUCCUCCUGGUCCCCCGGGGUGGCCUCUCAUCGGGAACAUCUUAGACAUGCCUCACAUCCGAAUCAAGCCCUGGCUCACCUUUGCUACAUGGGGCAAGAAGUAUGGUAACAUCUCGCACAUCGAAGUUGUGGGUCAACACAUUGUGGUGCUGAACUCCGUCAAGGCUGCGAUAGACAUGCUGGACAAGAAGAGCACUCUGUACUCUGACCGUCCUAUUUUUCCUGUUGGCGGUGAACUUGUUGGCUGGAAACACAGCCUGGGCCUUCUCCCUGAUGGUGACCGCUUUCGCCGGUACCGCAGGAACAUCCACCGCAUGAUUGGCAGCCGAGCCGCAGUAGGCAUAUACAGCCAGAUCGAAGAGGUCGAGACUCGCCGAUUCCUUCAGCGUGUGCUCACGAAACCCGGUCAACUACAGGCACAUGUCCGACACACCGCUGGUGCCAUCAUUCUGCGCAUCUCUUAUGGUUAUGAAGUGACGAAGAACGACGAUCCUUUUGUUGACCUUGCGGAUCGCGGUUUAGAUCUAUUCUCGCGUUCCACUGCUCCUGGUGCCUUUGUGGCUGAUUUUAUGCCAUUUUUGGUCAAAGCCCCCGAAUGGUUCCCUGGUGCUGGCUUCAAGCGCCUAGUCCCUGAAUGGCGUGAGACCGUCGAAAAGAUGGUUUUUACGCCGUACAAUUUUGUCAAGGAUCAGAUGGCAGCCGGAAUUGCCCUGGAGUCUUUUACUUCGAAUCUGUUGGAAAACCGUACGUUGUCCGUAGAAGAUGUGAAGUGGUCUGCUGCAUCUCUAUACGGCGGCGGUGCCGACACGACUGUUUCUGCAAUAUACUCGUUCUUCCUGGCCAUGACACUAUUCCAUGAUGUGCAGAAGAAGGCUCAGGCCGAAAUAGAUGCUGUCAUCGGUCCUGAUCGUCUUCCCUCCUUCUCCGACAGAGGUUCUCUCCCCUAUACCGAAGCACUUGCUACAGAAGUACUACGAUGGAAUGUUGUCGUCCCUACCGGUGUCCCCCACCGUGUCACCGAGGAUGACAUCCAUGACGGGUAUUUCAUUCCAAAAGGUUCCUUGGUAAUACCUAACAUUUGGUUCAUGCUCAAUAAUCCACACACAUAUGCUAGUCCCUUGCAAUUCAACCCUGAACGCUUUUUGUCUAAUGACGGAAAAAAGCCUGAGACCGACCCCCGGAAAAUCUGCUUUGGUUUUGGGAGACGCAUCUGUCCAGGUAUGCACCUCGCUGAAGCCUCCAUCUGGAUCUCUGUUGUGAUGUCACUGGCCUCGUCGAUGAACGGUGUUGAGAUCACCCCUGAGGUCGAUCCCUCAUCUGGCACAAUCAGUCAUCCGAAGCCCUUCAAGUGUUCUAUUAAGCCCCGCUCUGCGAAAGCCUAUCGAGCUUAUUGAACAGGAUGCUAACUACUAAGGGUGCGAAGAUGAAAGCAUACAUGAAGGUGUGCCACAUCGCAUUAUGGCACAUGUCUAUAUGUAUCGCUUUAUUUUGUAAGAAUAUUUUAUGAUGCGUGCUUUGGUAUAAAUCGGGCUACCGUCAUCAUGACAAUCAGCCUGCAGUCUGGCACCUCCCUCCCAUUG